AUGACUGAAACUAGUGCUAUGGUAUCGUCGGCGAGCCAACAGAUAGAAAGCAGCCCUGCAAGCAGCAUUAUGCAAAAUGGUGGGAGUGAUGCGGAAAGUCCAUCGCAUGCUUCCGUUAAUGAAACCUUAUCAUUCCGUCUCCCUAUAUCUGGUGAUGAUGAUGAAUUCGGCGUUUCCGAUGUUGUGGAACAAGUUUUACUAUUCGGAUGUGGGUUAGGCAGUUCUCUGUGUUACAUUGCAACGCUCUCGUCUCUGGUAUAUUUCAUGCUGCUAUAUGGUCCGAAAUCUUAUGUUGACCUGAAUCUUGCCGUAUAUCUACCUCUUUUGCCCAUUUCCUUUGCCCAGGCAAAAUGGGAUGCCUAUUACGACCACGUAUUUCAGUCUCGUCGGACAUUUUUGUUUCGUGGUUUAUUGGCCUUUGGAUUGUCACUGUGGGGGGCGAUUGGUAUGACUUCACCGAAGUCUCCGGGACUUGGAAUGGUUAUUUGGAAUGCAGUGCUGCAGGGUACUGGUGGCGCCAUCUUAUACGGCACACUCAAUCAAUUGGCAUCUUUUGUGGGUGUCACAGACAAGGAGCACCGAAGGGCCAAGGCCACAGUGUCAGCCGGAGUGCAAGCUUCAGCAGUAGUAGUACUCUUGGUUACGAUUUUCAGUGACUUUGAGCAGCAGGACAGAGCAAAAUAUGUUUCCUUUAUGUGGAUCAUUGUUGCCAUCGAAGCAGUUUGCUUUUUAAUGUUCGUGUGGCUGAUAGUGAAGCAGCCAAGAGUUGCAGCAUCAUUGAUUCGACGAGACUCCUCGUUGGAGCUCAGUCAGAGUAGUUUUGGAGAAUCAGAACGACGUGACGAAGGGGACGGAUUGAUCACAGAGCCACUGUUGGUACAAUCGAAUGAAAUUGGCAACAGCUCUUCCAAUCGGCAACUAACGUAUGUUGACUUGUGGAGUCUGACGAAAAGUUGCAUCUACGUCAUGCUUGCAACCUUGAUACCCAGUUUUCUAGUGGGAUCAUGGUUCACAAAUGUGAAAACGGAAUGGAUGCGAUUGCCACAAAUCCUAUUCUAUACUCGGAUUUUUGCCGAUUUUGCGGGGCGCUUGGCGACCAUUGUCCUUCCUCCUCGCGGGAUCAGUUGUCUUGUCUAUGGUGCAGCAUUCCGCCUGAUCCCAGUGAUCAUCUUCUUUAGCCUCGGUGAAGGAAACGAUAUUUUACUCAUUGCCCUUGUGGCAGCAAUCGCAUUCUUGUCGGGAUAUCUGGUGACGGGAUGCUUCCAACUGGCACCAGAGUGCAUACCAGAAGCGAUGAGGGCUUCCAACCUUUCGAAGCAAGCAAGUUUGCUGACAGUGGCAUUUUCAGUAGCUGCUGUUGGUGGUCUUUGUGCCAGUUUUGCGCUAAUGGAUCUUGGUCUGUAG